GACCUUCUUCUUGGCCACGCCUCCCGCGGAUCCCGGAGUCCUGGCAACGACGGCGCCUGUGGGCUGGGGCCCGGGCGGGGCGGCAGGAGAUGCCCUGCCGAACAGGGCCGGCGCCAUGCUCAAGGCCAAGAUCCUGUUCGUGGGGCCUUGUGAGAGUGGCAAAACUGUCCUGGCUAACUUUUUGACAGAAUCCUCUGACAUCACCGAGUACAACCCAACUCAAGGGGUGAGGAUCCUGGAAUUUGAGAACCCCCAAGUAACUAGCAACAACAAAGGGACCGGGUGUGAGUUUGAGCUGUGGGAUUGUGGAGGAGAUACAAAGUUUGAAUCAUGCUGGCCCGCCCUCAUGAAGGACUCUCAUGGAGUGGUGAUCAUCUUCAAUGCCGAUAUCCCCAGCCACCUGAAGGAGAUUGAAAUGUGGCAUUCUUGCUUCGUGCAGCAGCAGCUGUUACAAGACAAUCAGUGUCUCUUAAUUGCACACCACAAGCCAGGCUCUGGAGGGGACAAGAGCAACUUGUCUUUGGCCGCACCUCUGAACAAACUGAAGCUGAUCCACUCCAAUCUGGAGGAGGAACCAGAGGAGAUCCGGAUGGAAUUCAUCAAGUACUUGAAGAGCAUAGUCAGUUCAGUGUCCGAGAGCAGAGACAGGGAAGAGAUGUCGAUCAUCACCUAACUUUGUAACUAUCUAUCACUCCCAUGAGAUUCUUUUUGCAACUUUGAAGUACUCACCUCAUCUUGGGCACAUCUGAAAUCUGCCUCUUGCCCAGAUUGGGUCUGAAAUCUCUUCCAGGCACCGAUCUUUUUUCUGUGAUCAAACAAGAUCUGCUGAGAGCACGUGCUUCCUCUGCUAGGGGGAGGUACUUUUUGGCCUGUGAUUCUCUGCAUACCCACUGUGCUUUUUGGUUUCAAGAACCCCACUGGUGAAUUUGCCUGCCUCCAGUGUCAUCAGAGACCUGUAAACCAGGCUCUGUUUUGUUUGUUUAGUUUUCUGUCUUCUGAAAAUGUUCAUGCUAAUGCCCAGAGAUCGAUCCGUUCCUCAGCAUGGUCACUGUUGGUGUGUAAUAAUCAAAUGUGUUGUUUUCUCAAUCAUAAGUGUAACGAGAUAUUUAUUUUUAUAUGGCAUUCCAUACUGUUAGGAAAACUAUGCUAAACUGAUUGGGGGCUUACGGGCCAGUUUAUAUAAAUAGAUUUUAAUAAACAUCAGGGCAAUUCCAUCCUUAUCAAACUUGUACAUUCAGAUAAAAGCUAUGUUCUGUUUUCAUAUCACCUCAUUUGUAAAAAAUGCUCAAGAAUUUAUAUUCAAGAGUUAUAAAGGCAUGUGGCUUCAAUUCAUCGAAUAAACAAGUUUAUUUUCAUGUUUUUAGAUGGAUUUAAAUUUUUCUCCCUAUUGCCUUUAUAAUUGUCUUAGACUUUGUCAUAUGUAACCAGUCAGAAAUAAAUUAUCAAUAGCUAUAAGCCUGGAACUAUAAUUUGGAGGCAGGUAGGUGACUCAGUAGAUAAAGCACCGGCCCUGGAUUCAGGAGGACCUGCGUUCAAAUCUGGCCUCAGAUGCUUGACACACACUAGCUGUGUGACCCUGGGCAAGUGACUUAAGCCU